UUCCCACGCAUAUUCCCCCCUCAUUUUGCUCCUCUGCUACUCGAUAGAUAGAAGCUGCUCACGAACGACAGAAUGGCAGCAAACGACGAAGUAUACCGAGCCUCGACCUUUGCGCCGGUCAACAUUGCCAUUAUCAAAUACUGGGGGAAGCGAGAUACCAAACUCAACUUGCCCACCAACGGCUCCAUCUCCGUCACGCUGUCCCAAGACGACCUGCGCACGCACACCACCGCCGGGUGCAGUGCCGCCCUCACCGACGACUCCCUGACGCUGAACAACGCUCCGCAGGACAUCUCGGGAGCUCGUACGCAGGCAUGUCUGCGUGAGCUGCGGUCACUGCGAAAAGAGCUGGAAGAUGCCGAUUCAUCGCUGCCCAAGCUGUCGGAGUUGAAGCUCAAGAUCGUCAGCGAGAACAACUUCCCCACCGCUGCCGGUCUUGCUUCCUCUGCCGCUGGCUUUGCUGCUCUGGUGCGUGCCAUCGCGAACCUGUACGAGCUGCCAACGUCGCCUACCGAUCUCUCGCGCAUUGCACGACAGGGCUCUGGCUCAGCAUGCCGCAGUCUCAUGGGCGGAUACGUGGCAUGGCAGAAAGGGGAGCAGCCAGAUGGAAGUGACAGUGUGGCAUAUGAAGUCGCCUCGGCCUCUCACUGGCCCGACAUGCGAGCACUCAUCCUCGUAGCCUCUGCUGAGAAGAAGGACGUCAGCUCCACUGCCGGCAUGCAGCAGACAGUUGCCAGCUCUGCCCUCUUCCAGCACCGCGCAGACGAAGUCGUGCCAAAGAGGAUGAAGGCCAUGGAGAAGGCCAUCCACAACAGAGACUUUGAGAGCUUCGCAAAGCUCACCACCAAGGACUCCAACAACUUCCAUGCCACCUGCCUGGAUACCGAUCCACCGAUCUUCUACAUGAACGAUACGAGCCGAGCUGCUGUGCGCAUGUGCGAGUACAUCAAUGCCAGCCACCCAGAGGAGAAGCAAUACUGUGCAUACACCUUUGAUGCAGGCCCGAAUGCUGUCGUGUACUACCUCGCCGAGCACGAGGACAUCGUCGCGGGUACUUUCAAGAGCAUUGUUGGAGACAAGACUGGCUGGGAAGGUGCAAGAGGGCAGAAGAUCAAGGCAACACCGCUUCCGGAGGGCGCGGAAGUCGCGGCAGAGAAGCUGAACAGUGGCAUCUCGCGUGUCAUUUUGACCAGUGUCGGCGAUGGUCCGCGCAAGACGGACAAGCACCUUGCGUAGACUGGAGAUGCCGAGUGUGGGACACGAGCAGAAGAGGAGGAUGAGAUAGUUCUUACGAGAUACUGUAGUGAAGAUACCCAAAUUUCGACAGACGAGUGCUCAAGUCAUUAGCAGGA